AUGACAGUAACAACAGUCCCUUCAACUCAUCCCAUUGCGAGGCGCGGCCCGCUAUCGCAGACCAACAACGCCGAAAUACACCAAUCAAGUGAUCUUCAAUACCAACGCCGUGAAGCUCAUGUUCCCAAAGGGUCAACCGAAGAGGAACCACUCUAUAUUCUCACUCUCUUUACGGAUAAGAGACACCACGAGGCCAUGACAGCGCUGCGGCGGCAGUGGUUCCCCUCGCGUAUACUGAAGGUUGAUGCCCACGUCACGCUAUUUCACGCACUUCCGGGGUCCAGACUGCCCGACUUGAGAGAAGACAUCGCAGCUAUUGCAGCACGCACUGAAAGAUUCGGAAUUGAGGUUGGGGGCAAGAAUGUCUUUGAGAUGGGGAAGGGUGUAGGCAUUCAUGUCUCGAACCACGAUAAUGCUCAGAAAAAGGCUGCUGGAAUACGGAGUGAGCUGAGGAACAAAUGGGAGUCUUUUCUUAGCGACCAGGACAGGCGCGAGAAAUGGCGAGGUCAUUACACGAUUAUGAACAAACAGGAUGAGAAGGAAGAGGUGCAGAAGUGUCUGGCUUACUUGAAGGAAGGGCAUGCGGAGAGUCAAGGAACCGUGGAAGGGCUGAGCUUGUGGUUGUAUGAUAAGGGUUGGUGGAGAGAAGCUGGCGUCUACAAGUUCUCAUCAUGA